UUCAAAUCGGGCGCUCACAAGUGAAACCGAUCAACUAUCUUCUCCGCAUUGUUCUUCCUCCCGCCAUCGAUCAUUCAUCGGCGACUCGUUCUCGUCUUCGAAGUUCUUCACUGCUCGAUUGAGAGCCUUUACGAGGUUGAUUAUCCGUCGAGGAACUCUACACAGGCUCUACAAAAUGUAUUUUGAUGGGUAUGGAUAUCGUGGAACCUCAUUUGAGCAAAGAUAUCAAUGCUUCUCUGCAUCAUUUAUUGAUAAGCCACACGUUGAAACUGGAGACAGAAUUAUAAUGCCUCCAUCAGCCCUUGAUCGCCUUGCAUCUUUACAAAUUGAUUAUCCAAUGUUAUUUGAGGUUCGAAAUGAUGCUGUUGAGCGAGUCUCUCAUUGUGGGGUUUUGGAGUUCGUUGCAGAAGAAGGCAUGAUUUACAUGCCUUAUUGGAUGAUGGAGAACAUGCUUUUGCAAGAAGGAGACUUGGUGCAUGUGAAGAAUGUCACUCUUCCAAAGGGAACUUAUGUUAAAUUACAACCUCACACAAAGGACUUUUUGGAUAUCUCCAAUCCAAAAGCAAUCUUAGAGACAACACUUAGGAAUUUCUCCUGCCUCACCACCGGAGACAGUAUUAUGGUGGCAUAUAACAACAAGAAAUAUUACAUUGACAUAGUCGAAACAAGGCCAUCCAAUGCAAUAAGUAUCAUUGAGACAGAUUGUGAGGUGGAUUUUGCACCUCCCCUGGAUUACAAGGAACCGGAGAAGCCUGUUGCACCAACCAAGGGGAAGGAGCAAGCAGUUGCAGAGGCGAUAGAACCAGAAGCUGAGCCCAAAUUUGUCGCUUUCACCGGAACAGGAAGACGUUUGGAUGGUAAAUCUUCAAAUCACCAGCCGCAGCCAAUUUCAUCGGCUAGACCAUCUGAUGUGAAGCAAUCGGGCGGUAGUAGCAGCAGCAGAUAUGGCCAUUCACAACAGUCUGCUGGGUCUAGCUCAGUGAACGGAACUCGUCGGUCUCAUGGAAAGUUGGUAUUUGGACACAAUGCUCAUCGAAAUCCUAAAGAAAAUCCAAAGGAGGCCUCGAAAGAGAGUAAACAAGAGCAGCCUGGAAAGGAAGAGCCCAAAUUUCAGGCCUUCUCUGGAAAAAGAUACAAACUUUCUAAUUGAAGAAAAUAAACAAUUUGAAAGCUUAGAGAGGCAUAAAACGGGAGAUUUGUUAUUAAAGAAAAGUAGUAGGGAUAUUAUUAAGAAUCUCACCACAGAAGCUC